CUCCUCCGCCUGGUCCUGAGUCACAUGUGCUCUGUGCUGCUGCAGCUGACCGCAUACCUGCUCUGACUCCGUGUGUUGUGGAUGCAAGGGGAAGACAGAUCUGGGGGAAACACACCUUAGGUACCCUGUCAGCUUGCCAUGCUGGUUACAUGGUGGUAUUUAUACAUUGCAGCCCGGAGGUUCGCCGAUCAAACUCUAAGAAUGGCUUCAAUCCUGCAAAGGCUGAUUACCCCGCUCUUCAGCGGUCCUCCCGAGCCCCCCAGGAAUAAAGUGACAGUUGUGGGUGUGGGCCAGGUUGGCAUGGCCUGUGCUAUCAGCAUCCUGCUACGGGACCUGGCUGAUGAGCUGGCCUUGGUGGACGUGGUGGAGGACAAGCUGAAAGGAGAGAUGAUGGACCUGCAGCACGGCAGCCUCUUCCUCAAAACUCCCAAAAUAGUUGCAGACAAAGAUUAUUCAGUUUCAGCGAACUCCCGCAUCGUUGUGGUAACAGCUGGGGUCCGUCAGCAGGAGGGAGAGAGCAGGCUGAACCUCGUCCAGAGAAACGUCAACAUUUUCAAGCACAUCGUACCCCAGAUUGUCAAAUACAGUCCCGACUGCACUAUCAUUGUUGUUUCCAACCCAGUGGAUGUUCUGACCUACGUGACCUGGAAGCUGAGCGGCCUUCCCCAGCACCGGGUCAUCGGCAGCGGCACCAACUUAGACUCUGCACGCUUCCGCUUCCUGAUGGCUGAAAAACUGGGGAUCCACCCAACCAGCUUUAGUGGCUGGAUCCUGGGGGAACACGGAGACACCAGUGUUCCUGUGUGGAGUGGAACAAACGUGGCUGGAGUCAACCUGCAGAGGUUAAAUCCCGAUAUUGGCACUGACGAUGAUGAUGAGAACUGGAUGGAGACCCACAAGAUGGUGGUGAACAGUGCCUACGAGGUGAUCAGACUGAAGGGUUACACCAACUGGGCCAUCGGUCUGAGUGUGGCCGACCUGACGGAGAGUCUCAUUAGGAACAUGAACCGGAUUCACCCCGUCUCCACCAUGGUGAAGGACAUGUACGGGAUCAGUGAGGAGGUCUACCUGAGUCUGCCCUGCGUGCUGAACAGCGGCGGCGUGGCCAGCGUGGUCAACAUGACCCUGACGGAUGAAGAGGUGGCCCAACUCCAGGCCAGUGCCAACACCCUGUGGGACAUCCAGAAGGACUUGCAGGACAUUUAAGCAGCCACCAGGGGGCGAGAGAGCUGCAUCUUCCUCCGGUCAUCCUCUCUCUGCAAUCUCUAAACACCAGACAGCUAAACCUUCUGCACUUUCAGCCCACUUCCCUCUGUAGAUUCACAGUAUUGGGAGUUUAAUCCCAACAGAUUUAGCUGUAGGUGUCGUUUGUACAUUUGUAAGAGGAGACCAAAAGUCGCUUGGUAAACUGAGGCGCAGACUCAUUUGUCUUCAGCUGUGUUGCAGUUUGGGGCCAUAUGUUGCUUUGGGUUAAAAUAAAGCAAGUCAUGGAUGCAUUGGUUUAAGUUUUUCAGUGCUUUGUACAGUAAACGUACUACAAAUUAUUUUUCUAGUUCUGUAGAGAUGCAGUGUAGAUGUGUGAAAUUCAGCCGGCGAGCUGCAGACAGAAAGCCAUGCUGAAAGCCUGUAAUUAAAAAAUAAAAAAGGAACCAAUCUCUGUAAAAGCUUCAGUUGCAUUUUCUGAGUUACCAUCUGUCAGUCGGAAAUAAAACUCCAGCUUCUAUAAA